AUGAAUCAAGAAAUCUACGAAGAACUGCUCUUCGCAAGAACUUUGAUAACCGACACUAAAGAUUUUGAAUCUAGGUUUGAGGAUAUUUUGACUAUGGUAAUACCACCGUGGAUAAUUAAUCCAUAUGGUGACGUAGAAGAAACUAAUGUCAUAAUACAAGAGGAACUGACUGAACUAAGUACAAACGAAGAACUUAAGGUUCAGUUUAAAAACGGAUAUCAGCAAUUCUGGCUGCAAAACAACAUACCCGUUACUUAUCCCUUUAUUGUACACCAAUGUCUGCCUUGGCCAAUAUUCAGUCCGCGUCUUAAGAACACAAGUAACAUGAACACAUUGCCUGUCAAACCUGAAGAGAAUACUAAUUGCUACUGCUACUUUUUCCAACGAAGAAACGAUGAAGAACAUGCCGAUGAAGGCGAAGACCAAGACCCCGACGGUGCCGUGGAUCCCACAGCGUGUGAGACCCGCCGAGGCCUGGGAUCGGCAAAUGCAAAUCGGCCGCGGUGGUCUGAUGCUUGCAGAAAAACGAUCUUGCCUUCCUUACACGGUGGAACACGGCAAGCAACAAAGGAGGCUUCCAAAUGCAAGAAGAAAUAA